GCGACGAGAUGAAAGCUAAUGCUGGUUAUAAAUCUCAAUCCCACUACUUUUUGGAUUUUCUCGGUUUCUUGUGGGAUUCUUCGCCCUUUGAGUCCGUCUUUUAGCCUGUUGGCCAACUUUGGAGCCGCACCUUAACCCUGAAGGGUGGCCGAAAUGGACAUAUCUCUGCCGCCGAAGCCCAAGUCUGGAACGGAUUGAGCACUAGAAGCUAGCGGCAUCCAGCUAGCCAUGGAGGAAGACCGUGGAGAUCUUGACUCUUCCCUGUUAGAUUUGACCUUAUAAACUGGAGAACAGCUGGAAAUCCAUGCGUGAAAUUCCUUGUCAAAGUGCGCCAGUGCAAUGCUGCGCACACGCCCUGAAUGUCUCAGCUGUCCUGCACGUACACGAAAGCUUCCCAGUAGCUUAAUUAUACCCCUUAUAUAACUAAAUAUAUACAAGUUAGUCCCAAAAAACUUUAUUUUAUGUACAUGUUUGUUUGAGUAAUAUCUGCCCCAAAUAGGUUGAGGCAGGAUUUAGACCCUCCACCCUGUAGUUGUAUGGGAACCACCUCUGGUUGUCCCACAGGGCUGUAGACAAGUCAGCAAUGGGCGGUUCCGUGUCCUGCUGCUUCUCUCCUGCAGAGAGCCCAAAGAUCCACAGGAGGCAGGUAGAACUCGACGAGUGUCUGAUCACCACCACUGAGGACGUGAGCGAGGACACUGGGACCUACCUGCAGCACAUCAGUGAUAGAGAGUUACCUGAUGAGCUGGCCCAAGAAGCAAACCCAUCAGACCACCCAAGAGCCAGUACCCUCUUCCUCAACAAAUCGCAGACAGAUGUGCGCGAGAAGAGGAAAAGCAACUACAUGAAUCACGCUUCCCCAGGGCCCCUGACGAAGAAGUACAGCUCCUGCUCAACGAUAUUCAUCGACGACAGCACGGUCAGUCAACCCAACCUCAAGAGCACCAUCAAAUGUGUUUCAUUGGCUAUAUACUAUCACAUUAAAAACAGGGAUUCAAACCGCUCACUUGACAUCUUCGACGAAAAGAAGCACCCCUUGUCGAGGGAGAAGGUCCCAGACGAUUACUCGGUGGUCGACCCGGAGCACAAACUCAUCUACCGCUUCAUCAGAACGCUGUUCAGCUCCGCGCAACUCACUGCCGAGUGCGCCAUUGUUACUCUGGUGUACCUGGAAAGGCUUCUGACUUAUGCCGAAAUCGACAUUUGUCCUUGCAACUGGAAACGCAUCGUCCUCGGAGCCGUCCUGCUAGCAUCCAAAGUGUGGGACGACCAGGCCGUGUGGAACGUCGACUACUGCCAGAUCCUCAAAGACAUCACCGUGGAGGACAUGAAUGAGAUGGAGCGCCAUUUCCUCGAGUUGCUCCAGUUCAAUAUCAACGUCCCCGCCAGCGUGUACGCCAAGUAUUACUUCGACCUGCGCUCGCUGGCCGACGACAACAACCUCAGCUUCCCUCUGGAGCCGCUUAGCAACAAGCGAGCCAAGAAACUGGAAGCCAUAUCCAGGCUGUGCGAGGACAAAUACAAGGACUUGAGCAAAUCUCUCAUGAGGAGAUCCGUCAGUGCCGACAACCUGGUGGGAGUCCGGAAUUCCCAGGCGGUUCUGUCCUGAGCGACGUUGGCUUCUUCUUUUCCUCCUAAUCUUUCUUCGUGGAGUGCUAUCCGGUUGUAGCCGCCAGCCCUACCCCGCCUCUAUUUACACAACAAACUGUCUUGAACUACCCUGUGGUGUAGUUCUGCACAAGAACUAUGAGUAGACUUAUGUUUUGCUUACUAUGUAGGCUCCUAUAGCUGUAAAAUGUACGAGACUUUAUUUAUGUCCAAUAAAUUUCAGUCGCUGUUAAAAGGUGAGGCUGCUAGAGGAA